AUGUCUGUAAUAGCAUCAUUAUCCAAGCACCCCGGAGCGCCGUUGCUGAUCAGUAAGGUGAUCCCAGGGGGAGUAGCUUCUCGCUGCGGUGUUAUUAGCCCUGGUGACUUAUUGCUUGCCGUUGAUGGUGUCCCAUUGAGCACCUGCAGUCUUGCCGAGGCGAUUCAUCUUUUACAAUCACCUCAAAAAGAGAGUGUUUUAUUGACGAUCGAGAAGCCUCAAGCUUUUAAAACUCCUGUGAAAAGUAUGCAGCCUCUUAACAGCGUAUCUUCUAAAUUGGAAUCAAUUAGACAUGAACCGGGCAUCGGUGAACCUGGCCUUAUUGAACUUGGAUCACCCCGUUUCAAUGUAUCC